AUGGCAACCGAAAGUGUGCAAUGGGACGAAAAGAGCAUGGAUCUCGACCUGGAGGGCGGCGACGAGCAGGUUCUGCCGAAGUAUUCACGGCAUGAAUUACAAGCUCUGGAGAACCCAAGUUGGACGGUGGAUCAAGUCAAGACGUUGGUUCUUGAACUUCUGGUGGCACUACUGGUAGCGAUGUCGGUUGCGCAUCUAAUCAUCGCCUACAUGCGAGAACACGGCAUUGUCUUUUCAGUCGCUUGGCGCUCGAGUACUGUAUGCGGCUCUGCAGCCUCGUUUCUCGAAGUCUCCUGGCCCACUGUUGCAGAGAAUGCGAGUCAGGCAGCGAGUGCUCUAAACAAACAACAAGCGCCAGACUUCACCGGACUAGGUCAGCUGUGCAAGACGGUUCACAGAUUCAUGAGCUUUUAUGCGCACUGA